ACCUACUCUGACUCCUCACUCCUCUCUCUGCCUCUGCUUCGAGCUGCUCGUGCUGUGCCGUCGCUGCUGAGACACAUCGCUCUCGCACCUUCACCUCUUCUGCGCCGCUCGCGCGCAUCUCCAGCCGGCCUGCGCCUGCCUCACCUCUCGGCUCUCCCUUCUCCCUCCUCCACGCGCGCCCGCCAUGUCCUCCGCGUCCAUCUACUACAAGUUCAAGUCGGCGCGCACGCCGUCGCGCAUCGCCUUCGACGGCACGGGCAUCAGUGUCUGGGACCUCAAGCGCGAGAUCAUGCUGCAGAACAAGAUGGGCAAGGGCACCGACUUUGACCUGCAGAUCUGCAGUGCCGAAAACGAGGAGGAGUACAAGGACACGCACAUCCUUCCACGUGCCUCCUCCGUCCUUGCCCGCCGAGUGCCGCCCUCGCGCGCCGGCAAGGGCAACGCGGCGCAGUACGUGGCCGACCUCGGCGUGACGGGCGGCGGCAAGGGCGAGGAGCGCUUCAACGGGCCCAACGCCUCGGGCGUCGCUGCGCCGACGGCGGGGCCGAGCGGCAGCGGCAGCAGGCCGCCGCAGGCGGCGCGAGGCGUGGGCAUGAUGACGCGGCGCUUCGAUGGCAAGAGCGACGAGCGGCCUUCCGGCUCGCCGAUGCCGGGAGCUGCAGGCGGAGACAUGCCGGUGGCAGCGGCGGCAGCGGGCGCAGACGACGCCGAGGCGCAGGCGAUGGCGGCUAUGUUCCAGGCCAACACCGAGGCGUGGGACGAGACGCAGGACCGCAUGUCACAAGCGGUGUAUCGCGAGCGCGGCGGUGCACCUCGGCGAGGCGGGCCACCACGAGUGUACGCGGGCAAUGCGGCACCUGGGCCCGGCGGACAGGCGCACGACCGGCCGCCGCCGAUCGGCUACAUCUGCUUCCGCUGCGGCACCAAGGGCCACUGGAUCCACGACUGUCCGACGAACAACGACCGCGAGUGGGACAACCGGCCGCGCUUCAAGCGCACGACGGGCAUCCCCAAGAGCAUGCUCAAGAAGGUCGAGGCGCCCACGACGGAGGGUGCACAGAGCGGCGCCAGCUUGCCCAUGGUCACGUCGGACGGCGAGUACGUCGUGGCACAGAUUGACAAUGCGACAUGGGAGAAAGCACGAGCGCAGCGCAAGCCCCUUACGCGCAGCGACAUCUUCAGCAGCGUGCCCACAGACGCCGCGCUCGCCUGUCCGCUCUGCUCCAAGCUGCUCAAGGCCGCCGUGCGCACGCCGUGCUGCUCGACGCUGUACUGCGAGGAGUGCAUCCAGACGCACCUCAUCGAGCACGACUUCCAGUGCGCCGAGUGCGAGCGCCGCAUUGCCGACCUGACGAAGCUCAAGGCCGACGACCAGACGCGCGAGGCGGUGCGUGCGUACGUGGAUGCGGAGCUGGCAAAGAGCGAGCGGGAGCGCGGGGAGGGCAUUGCGCCUAUCGCACCCAUCGCUGCGCCGAAAGAGCCCAAGAGCGAAACGGCAGCAGUGAAGACGGAGCAGGUCGAUGCUGCAUCCAGCGGAACAGGAGCCGCCGGCUCCGCCAAGCACAGUCUUCCAGCGCGGCCUGCCGACGCACAGGCUGGCGCGGACGAUGAUGCAUCGGCAGCAUCCGAAGGAGCAGCGGCACAAGCACAGCCGGCGCCCAUGCCAUUGCCGGAGGUGGGCGGCGUGCAGUGGAGCCCGCAGGCAGCACAGCAGAUCGUCAUGAUGCUCGCCAACCCGACACUGCCGCCGCCGAUGCGCAUGCAGCUGCAGAUGCAGCUGCAGCUCAUGCAGAUGGCCUUCCUGCGCACGCAGCAGCAGCAACAGCAGAAUGGCGCGGCGGGCAGUGGCGAGCAGCAGUAUUCGCAGCCGCAGUGGGCUGGCGGCAUGUCGGCGCCGGGAGGCAUGGGCAUGGGCAUGGGCAUGGGCAUGGGCAUGGGCAUGGGCGGGCCAUGGCAGCAGCAACAACAAGGCGCUCGUCCGCCAGCCUCCAACCCCUUCGUCAACCAACGACCGCCGAGCAACGCGGAUAGCGCGUACAUGCGCGUGCCGAUCGCGAACAACCGCGGCAACGGCGCUGCACCGCGCGGUCCGGCCACGAAGCGCGAGCGGCCCGUGGACAUCCAGGAGCUGGGCGGCGAGGGCUCGAAGCAGGCGCGCACGGGAUGAGCACUUCAUGUCACCGACAACUAUCUAUUUGCAUCAUCUUCGUUUGUUGUGGGACCGCUUCAGCGAGCAGAGGUGCCGCCGUCGAGCAGCAGCACCGUGCCUG